AUGAUUCUAAAGUUGGAUAUGAUGAAGGCUUAUGAGAGGGUAAGUUGGCAGGCGCAAUUGCGUGUGCUUAAUAAAUUUGGGUUUGGAAUUAAAUGGGUCAAAUGGAUUAAGGCGUGUAUUAGCACGGCUAGGUUCUCAGUAAUUUUGAAUGGUUCUCCAUGUGGUUUUUUUGCCUCAUCUAGAGGGCUCAGGCAAGGGGAUCCAUUGUCGCCUUUUUUGUUUAUUAUUUUGGCUGAAGCUCUUAGUAGAGCUAUCUUACGUGCUAGGGAGAGUGGCACAUGGAAGGGGAUUUACAUCCCUCAUAUGGCUGCGAGUCAUACUUAUUGCUUAUUUGCAGAUGAUACAUUGUUGUUUGGCAAAGCUACCAUGGGGGAAGCUAAGUCCAAAUUGUCUCGCUUUUGGGGCUUCUCUGUUGGCCAGUUCCCUUGUAAGUAUUUAGGGAUUCUAUUUUUUACUGGUUCAAAGAAGCAUAAUUUUUGGGAGUGCACCUCAGGGGCUAUUUAUUCAAGAAUUCUUUCUUGGUCUCAUAAGUGGUUAACUUUUUCUGGAAAAAUUGUGCUUAUUAGAGCUGUUCUAAAUGUGAUUCCUAUCUAUCUAUUAUCUAUUUUAAAAGAUCCUAAGAAGACUGUGGUUGCUCUACAUUCAACUUUAAGGUCUUUUAUAUGGAAUGAUAAUGUUAAUAAGAAAGGUGGGAUCCCUUUGUUGGCAUGGGAUAGGGUUUGUGCUCCUAGGGAUAAAGGAGGUGCAAGGGUUAAGGAUCUUGGAUUGUCCUGGCUUAUUCAUAAUGGUCAUAAGGCUAGGUUUUGGGAUGAAGUAUGGAAUGGCUUCCCUGCACUCUCUAGCCUUAGGGAUUGGUCGCCUCUUAUGUCCAUCCUUAAAUCUUCCUGGGGUAUUUUUGUGGCUGAUUACUUUUUUGUGGAUUCCUCGAGCCUCUUGCCUGUGGCAAGAUGGAAAUCAAUUGAUUCUCUUCCGAUGGAUCAAGAUAUUAAGUCCGCUUUUGUGGAUGAGCUUAAGAAACAUCCAUUACUCUUUUCAGAGAAGGAUGAUGAACUUAUUUGGACCUAUUCAAAAUCAGGGGAGUACUCGGUCAAAGAAGGAUAUAAUGAUUUGUCUUCAGAUGUCAAGAGGGAGGAUUUGCCAUAUAAGUUAUUUUGGCAUGCUACCUGUUUGCCCAAAGUGGGGGCGUUUGCUUGGCUGGCUGUUCAGGAUAUAAUUCUUACUGGCAUGAGAUUGGAUAGGUUGGGUUGUUUUCUUGCUGAGAUUCCAUCUCGGUUUCUCACUAUUUGUAUGGAUGUGCUCCUGGAUUAUACUAUAAUCAGGGCACUUUUUGAUGCAUACUUUCAUUCCUAUUUCUACACUGCUGAUGAUUUGGAUAGUGCAUUGUCUUUCUAUCAUUUUGAAUUUGGUAAUUUUGAGUAUGGUGGUUUCCUAACUUGUUCUCAAUUAUUAUCUUCUGGCUGGCAUGGGGAACUUCUUUCAAUUAUAAGACAUGGCUUGAUUUCUAACCUGUAUGAUGAUACUUUGUUUGCCUUGGUAGCUCUAUUAGAUCAUGUAUUGCCAGAUUGUUUGGUGGCAGCUGUAAAUAUAUUUUCAAGUAUUCACUUUCUCCUGGACUCGAUGCACGCAGCAAUGUCUUCGCCAACUUCAGUAUUGCCUAUUCAGAUGGUGCCUCCUGCAGUUCUCAUUGAUGUUGAUACCCCCCCUUCUUCUCCUCCGUUGGAAAGCACUAGUUCAUGGUAUUUGAAUUCUUAA